AUGGAAGCCAGUAUGGAUAUUCUAUAUCACACAGGCAUCCAAGCCAUACACUUUCUGCAAACAAGAUACCAAGGAUCACAGGAUUGGUUCCUCUUUGUUUCUUUUGCUGCCGACCUCCGAAACACUUUCUUUGUCCUGUUUCCCAUAUGGUUCCAUCUCUGUGAAGCUGUUGGAAUCAAGCUCAUCUGGGUUGCUGUGAUUGGUGACUGGCUAAACCUCGUAUUUAAAUGGAUCCUUUUUGGACAAAGACCCUACUGGUGGGUACAUGAGACCAAUUUCUAUCAAAAUACUUCUGCCCCUGAAAUCCAGCAGUUCCCAGUUACCUGUGAAACCGGCCCAGGGAGUCCUUCUGGCCAUGCAAUGGGUUCAGCUGGUGUGUAUUAUGUGAUGGUUACAGCCAUUCUCUCUAUCACCCAGGGAAGGAAACGUCCAUCAUGGAAACAUCGCUUUUUGCAAACCGUGCUUUGGGCUGCCUUUUGGACCAUCCAAAUCUUUGUCUGUAUCUCUCGUGUCUUCGUGGCAGCUCAUUUUCCACACCAAGUCAUUGCUGGUGUCUUCUCAGGUAUAUUGGUGGCUGAAUCUUUCCAGUACAUUACUUCCAUCUAUGAUCACAGCCUGCGGAAAUAUUUAGCUACCACCCUUUUCCUCUUCUCUUUUGCUCUGGGGUUCUACCUACUGCUCAAGGUACUCGGUGUGGACCUCCUAUGGACGUUGGAGAAGGCCAAGACAUGGUGUGAGCAUCCAGAAUGGGUGCAUCUGGACACUACCCCCUUUGCUGGCCUCUUGCGCAACCUGGGAAUCCUGUUUGGAUUGGGGAUGGCCCUUAAUUCCCCAAUGUACAUGGAGAGCUGCAAAAGUAAACAAAGGCAGCAGCUAAACUUUCGACUGUGCAGCAUCGGUAUCUCACUUUUUCUCCUGCACCUGUUGGAUUCCUUCAAGCCUCCAGCCAAUGUGGAGCUUCUCUUCUACCUGUUUUCUUUUUGCAAAAGCGCUGCUGUGGCCUUCAUAGUGGCUGCCUUAGUCCCCUACAGUGUCACAAAAUUGCUCAGGCUACAGGACAAGAAAACACUGUAGCUUGAAGACCAGCAAUGUAUAUAAGUGAAUUGCUAGAAUGUAGGGGCCAAAAUAAAGUAUUCACGGGGAGCCUAUUACCUAGGCUGGUUGUACACCAUCAGCCCACAUUUGGAUGAUGGUCCCUGCUUCAGAGUAAGGUUUAUUUAUUUUCCCGCAACCUAUCAACCAGGAUCCCUAUUAUUACUCUUCAUCUAACAUUACCAGCACAGGCUGAUUCUGCUCGUGCAAAACAUUUCUCUCUGGUGGCAAAAUAGCAUUUAUGGUUGUCACCAAGAUCAGUCCUGCCAGCAAAGCUGAUAACAUUCUCUGAGGACAUUCUGGGAUAUGUUUUGGGAUCGAGAUUGACAAUGAUAAAGGAGACUAGGCAAGACUAUCACUCCACCCAGUUGCUCGCAUUUCAGGAGAAGAUCCCCUUGGGGUAAUUGGCUAUUGGACUGUGAAGUUAAAUAACCAGCCGUGUAACUGUUGCAGUAGUUUGCUAUCGUUAAAGAAUGUAUGGUGUAUUUUCUGAUGGCAAAAACCAGAGAGUUGAUGGAUUCAGCCCUCGUAUACUGCACCAAUUUUUUCCAGCUUAGUGACUUUGGUAUAUAUUGGGUUGGGACUGCCAGUACCCAUCAGUUGGUUUAUUAGGGUGCCAAAUAGGGAAGUAUAUAGUAUAGCUAGGUUUUGGUUUUGGUAAAUGUUUG